AUGCAAGUACAAGCUCAGCCCAAGAUGAAGAGAAAAGAGAUUCAAAUAUAUCUUCUCUUGGCCUUCAUCCUCACUACUUCUCAAUGUUAUUACUCCACAGCUAUGAGGAAUAUUCACUCUGCAGAAUCAGUUGGUUUCAAGCUCAAACCUGCACAAGCAAGAGAAAGCUCAGCUGCAGGACACAUGUCAGCUACUUGGAUCAACAAAUCAGGAAUACAGGACCAAAAAACUGCUCAUAAGGUUCCUUCAGGACCCAGUCCCAUUGGUAAUCGGCACCCACCAAUACUCAGGCGUGGUUGAGAGGUGCAUUUGUCAUGCUCGGCAAGCAAAAAAUAUGGUGAAGAAGGUGCAUUUUUGUUAGUGGAGUUGGUCAGAUGUUAUGUGGUUGAUCAAAUACUAUGUAGAAGUAAUGUUUUUGCCGUGGCAUACUUGCAGAAGGAUGUCUUUUAUUGGAAGGUU